AUGUCCUACGCUUUGUCCGAGGCCCACAAGGCUCAAAUGCACAACACUCUCAAGGAGAGUGAUCCUGAGAUCGCUGCGAUCAUGGAGAAGGAAAUCCAGCGUCAGCGCGAGUCCAUCGUUCUGAUUGCCUCGGAGAACUUCACCUCCCACGCUGUCUUCAACGCUCUGGGCUCUCCUAUGUCCAACAAGUACUCUGAGGGUUACCCCGGUGCCCGCUACUAUGGUGGUAACCAGCACAUUGAUGCCAUUGAGAUCACCUGCCAGCAGCGUGCUCUCAAGGCCUUCAACCUUGACUCCGAUAAGUGGGGUGUCAAUGUUCAGUGCCUAAGUGGUAGCCCUGCCAACCUGCAGGUCUACCAGGCCCUCAUGCGUCCCCAUGACCGUCUGAUGGGUCUGGACCUUCCCCACGGUGGUCACUUGUCCCACGGCUACCAGACUGCCUCCCGCAAGAUCUCUGCUGUCUCCACUUACUUCGAGACCCUCCCCUACCGUGUGAACCUCGAGACCGGAAUCAUUGACUAUGAUCGUCUUGAGGAGAACGCUGAGUUGUACCGCCCCAAGAUCUUGGUUGCCGGUACCUCCGCCUACUGCCGUCUGAUUGACUACAAGCGCAUGCGCCAAAUCGCUGACAAGGUCGGUGCCUACCUUGUUGUCGACAUGGCCCACAUCUCCGGUCUGAUCGCCGCUGGCGUCAUCCCCUCUCCCUUCGAGUAUGCCGAUAUUGUCACCACUACCACCCACAAGUCUCUCCGCGGUCCCCGUGGUGCCAUGAUCUUCUUCCGCAAGGGUGUCCGCAGCACCGACAAGACCGGCAAGGAGAUCUUGUACGAUCUUGAGGGUCCCAUCAACUUCUCCGUUUUCCCUGGUCACCAGGGUGGUCCCCACAACCACACCAUCACUGCUCUGGCUGUUGCACUGAAGCAGGCUGCUUCCCCCGAAUUCAAGCAGUACCAAGAGCAGGUCAUCAAGAACGCCAAGGCCCUCGAGCUCGAGUUCAAGUCUCUCGGCCACAAGCUCGUCUCUGACGGCACUGACAGCCACAUGAUCCUCGUGGAUCUGCGCCCCAAGGCCCUUGACGGUGCUCGCGUUGAGGCUGUUCUUGAGCAGAUCAACAUCGCCUGCAACAAAAACUCCAUCCCCGGCGACAAGUCUGCCUUGACCCCCUGCGGUAUUCGUAUUGGUGCCCCCGCCAUGACCACUCGUGGUAUGGGUGAGGAGGACUUCAAGCGCAUUGCUAGCUACAUCGACCAGGCUAUCGGCAUUUGCAAGAAGGUCCAGGGUGAGCUUCCCAAAGAGGCUAACAAGCUCAAGGACUUCAAGGCCAAGGUUGCCUCCGAGAACGUUCCUGAGAUCUUGUCUCUCCGCCAGGAGAUUGCUGCCUGGGCCAGCGUCUACCCUCUGCCCAUCUAA